AUGGCCGUGGUUCGCUCGGGCCUUGCUGCUGCGAAUCUAGAUAUCUACGCCGUCUUCGGGCGCCGGCGCGUUGGGCCUCGCCGCCCGGCGUCCGAGGGGCACCAGAAGUGCGUGCUGAUCUCAUGCCGCAAGUCCAUGACCAAAGCCAGUCCCGCCGUGGCCGGCUCGAUGCAAAGCGUCAAGAACGUUUUCAGUCCCCAUGGCGAAGAAAGACCAGAUCGGGCGAGGCUCGUGUGGCUUGCCGACAAGACGCGCAGACCUGACGAUAGCCUAUGCAAGGUCGACGUGACGGCCAACCGCACCCUGCGCGAGACGAUGUACGAACUCGUCGUCGACGAUAACACGAGCUACCGGUACCCCGUGGCUCCUCGUUCGACCACUAGCGGUUGCCCCCACGAUCAACUGCCCCAGCCCUGGUCCCAGGUCAUCACCGGCAAGCUCAGUCUCCUGUCGUCGUCCAUGGUCAGCGGGUCGGCUCUGACCGCCAAAAGGGUCGGCACAGCCCGCCAUCGCACUUAUCGAGCCAUUGGAUACCACGAAGCCGUCCACGCUACGCAUAUCGUUCCCUCGCGCGAAGGCACCUGGUGUGGCAGCAACCACAUGAAGCGCUGCCCCGCUCCUCUUCUCGACUUCCCCCCAACCGAUGAUUACAACAUGUUUUUGUCCCGUUAUGAUUUGCCGAGGACAGCAAGGCUGUGUAGCACAACAACCCUUGUGCCCCGGCAUGCGAAAUCCUCCCCGCCGGCAAUUUCGGCAAACCUGAUCGAGGCCAUGGUAGAAGAGAACGUCAGUGGGGUCCUGGCUUCCUGGACGCAGUCUGCACCAGUGCCGCCGGAGGUCAACGACGAGGUGCAGAAGCGCCUCAAGGCUUUGGAGCGGCGUAUCGACGACGGACGACAUGAUGACACGCGCUCGGAGGGUUUACGUUUUGCUAAUGGCGCGGCAACAAAAGGAGCGUGGUCAAUAUGCCAGCGCACUGAAUAUUUCGCGCCGAGCCUACUUGCAGAUGCAGCUCGGCUAAGCCCCGGUGUCUGCAAGUUCGCUCCCCGGAAGAGUGCCCAUGGCGGCAUGUCCAACAGCGAGCCACCACUGGAGAGCAAGACCAGGACAAAGAGCUAG